UUAGCACAUGUCGGUAGACAGAACGUAAACACGAGACGAGCCGCAGGCUGGUAACCGUGCCGGGAAAAAAGCGCGCGCGCUCUCUCUCUCUCGAGCUGAUCGGGCGCGUUAAGUGCUGCCAUCUGCUUUACUACAGUCCCAUUGAUCGGCGGCGACUGUCAUCUGCGAACAGCUGAUCCGCGCGAUUCACGUGGAGCGCGAUCAGCUGUGACGGCACGCCGUGCACAGUAUCUCGCACGCUCGUAACCAGUGAUGGACACCGAAAACGAUCUCGUCGACGACGACUUCGUCUAUCCGCCCUGCAAAUACGAGUAUUUGGACCACACAGCGGACGUUCAGUUGCACUCAUGGGGCGACACUCUGCAGGAAGCGUUCGAGCAGUGCGCGAUCGCAAUGUUCAAUUAUAUGACGGACUUGGAGCGUGUGGAGCUGAAACAAGUGCACCACGUGGAAGCUGAGGGCCACGACUUACAGAGUCUUCUGUUCCACUUUCUCGACGAGCUUCUUUUCAUGUUCAGCGCAGAACCGUUCCUCGUUGCCAAGAAAGUUAAGAUCAUCACGUUUGACCGAGAGAAUUUCAAGAUAGUAGCACGAGCAGUAGGCGAAGAAUUUGAAAUUGGCAAGCAUACGCAGGGCGCGGAGGUAAAGGCCAUCACAUACUCGGCGAUGCAGAUCCACGAGCCGCCGGAAGUCGAACGGCCUGAACUCUUCGUCAUCGUCGACAUCUGAUCUCUGGCCGUCUCUCGGUCGUCGUCGUCUUCGUCUUCGUCUCGCCUCCCCCCUUCCCGUCAACGAAAAAAAAGCACUUUAAAUGGCCGCCCCUAACACGAAGACGCACCGAAACAGUAGGGUGCAGUCUUUUGUGUGUGUAAGCUUCGAAUAAAUACGUUAUGUGCAGUGGUGGCGAGAGCGACCGAGUGAGCGGACAAACGCACAACAGGCCCCUGCUACGUUCUCUCCCCUUCCCCUUUUCGGACACAGGCCCCGGAGGCAGUCAGAUACGUCUAUUCGUACCUUAGCGCCCGCCUUAGCGACUCCGUUCGUUUCUCGUCUCCAUCUCUCUCUCUCUCUCUCUCUCUCUCUCUCGCUCUUUUUUUUAUUUUUGCCUGCAAAGCGAGAGCAAGAGAGCCGAGAACCGAACCCACGAGAGCGAGUUCAGCUCUACUCGCAUACUUUUGUUUUUGGCUACUUUUUUGUACUCAUGCCAUUCUCCUCGCACGCCGCCUGUGAAUUUUCGACUGCCCUCCGAAGACUUUGUGAUUCGCAUUGUUAUACCCCCCUCCUUCCUUCCUUCCUUCGAGCGCACUUUUGUAUUCACACGCUAUACUUUUGUAAUGUAAUAAAAUUAAAGAGAAAAAAACACCGAACUUUUCAAACAGUGUAUGUAAGUAGUACGUAAUGAUCGUUUGAGCAUGCGGGCACCCACACACGCCCAAUUGAAUAAAAAGCCUCG